AUGGCUUAAAAAAAAAUCCUAAUUGCUAAUCUUAAUGGUUUAAAUAGAAGAAAAUUUUUGUUGAAAAUAGACAUUAAAUCAUAUAUUAACUACUGGGAUAGUAGUCAGUAGUUAUUACUUAAUAAAACUUAAAACAAUCUAUUUAUAGCUCAUAGGAAUUAAAUCCUUAUUUUUGAACAGAGUAUCAAUGGAUGGAAAUGCUCUCAAUCAUUUUAAGUCAGUUCUAGGUGUUCUGUGAGUUCAAUUUUUUUUAAUUUUUAAGAGGAUGAGUUGUAAAUUUAUAGCUUUGAUGGUUAUGAUUUGAUAGAUAAACUUUAUAUCUUCCAUAAAUAAACCUAGGAAUAAGAAAUUAACUGGGUUUUAAUCUAGAAAAUAGGAUUGUAUGGAUUGAGUGGAUAGGUGUUGGGAGGAUUUUUAGAUCACAUAUAUUUUGCUGACUGCUAUGGUCUUGAUGUUUAUAAAAAAUAAAAUUAAUCUUAAUACUAUAUAAUGUAUGCUUCUUCAGAGUUUAAGCAUCAUACCAAAGGGUUUUUUCGGUGUGUGCACUUUGUGCAAAAUAAAUUUCUAUUGCUGGAAGAAGAUAAUAACAGUAUCAGAGUUAUGAAAAUAAAUUAACAGCAACAAUUAGAAUUCAUUAAAUAAAUAGACAUACCUGCAUUGAAGAGCCAAAAAAGCAGCAGUAAUUCUUAGAGAAGAUCUUUUUUAACUCAAGAUGAAAAAUUUUUAGUAAUUUAGAAUAACGAGAUAACUUUAUUAAUAGAAUUGAUUUAUGCUUGA